UUCCUCUCCCCUUCCCUUCGUCGCAGGCGCCACUUCGACCACAGACCGGCUGUGAUCCGCGACAUGAGCUCGGAGCUCAUCUACCGCGGCCACGACGCGCAGCCCCCGACGAGCGGCGCGGGGUACUCUGCGAAGCCCGAGAAGCGGAUGCUCUCGCUGUCGCGCGCGCUCCGCUACCUCCUCCGCGAGCAGCGCCUCCUCUUCCUGCUCGUCGGCAUGGCCCUCGCGGUCCUCGUCCUGGCCUCCGCCCGCACCUCCCCCGCCGCGACCCGCGGCGCCCGCCUGAUGAUGGCGGACCCGUGGUCGACGGCUGUGCACCACCACGGCCACAACCACAGGGCUGAGUUCGAGGUGACGAGGGGGUUCGUGGGGGGGAAGGUGCCGUUGGGGCUGAAGCGGAAGGGCCUGCGCAUCGUGGUGACGGGCGGGGCGGGGUUCGUGGGGAGCCACCUGGUGGACCGGCUGAUGGCCCGGGGGGACAGCGUGAUCGUGGUGGACAACUUCUUCACGGGGCGGAAGCAGAACGUGAUGCACCACUUCGGCAACCCCAACUUCGAGCUCAUCCGCCACGACGUCGUCGAGCCGCUGCUCCUGGAGGUCGACCAGAUCUACCACCUCGCCUGCCCCGCCUCCCCCGUCCACUACAAGUUCAACCCCGUCAAGACCAUCAAGACCAACGUGGUGGGAACUCUCAACAUGCUCGGCCUGGCCAAGCGUGUAGGUGCCAGAUUCCUCCUCACCAGCACCAGCGAGGUCUACGGCGACCCCUUGCAGCACCCUCAAGUCGAGACCUACUGGGGCAACGUUAACCCCAUCGGCGUUAGGAGCUGCUACGACGAAGGCAAGCGAACAGCCGAGACCUUGACCAUGGACUACCACCGUGGUGCCCAAGUAGAGGUGAGGAUUGCUCGGAUCUUCAACACCUACGGGCCUCGCAUGUGCAUCGACGACGGCCGUGUUGUCAGCAACUUCGUGGCGCAGGCAUUGAGGAAGGAACCCAUGACUGUUUAUGGGGAUGGGAAGCAAACCAGGAGCUUCCAAUACGUCUCUGAUUUGGUGGAAGGGCUGAUACGACUGAUGGAAGGGGAGCACGUGGGCCCGUUCAACCUGGGAAACCCAGGGGAGUUCACCAUGCUGGAGCUGGCCAAGGUGGUGCAGGAGACCAUCGAUCCCAACGCAAGCAUCGAGUUCCGACCCAACACGGAGGACGACCCGCACAAGCGCAAGCCCGACAUCACCCGCGCCAAGGAGCUGCUCAACUGGGAGCCCAAGAUCUCGCUCCGCCAGGGACUCCCUCUCAUGGUCUCCGACUUCCGCAACCGCAUCUUUGGCGACCACUCCGACGCCAACCCCACCAGCGCCACUGCCACCGGAUCCUCCUAAGACUCCCUUUCACGUAUAUAUAUUUAUAUAUAUACAGAGAGACGAGAUGGUAGAAGUCAGAGAACAUAGUCGUGAGAGAUGUUUUACGAGUAUUCUUGUCGAGUGUUCCUGUCAUUGUAGCGUAUGUUAAGUACUGGUGCUACAGGUUUAGCUGUAGUAACUGCGUUGCAGUGGCAGAGUAUGGUUCUGUUCUCUUAUGAAUUUUCUUUUGUAUAUGGAAGAAGCCAAGCUGGCUCUUUCCCACCA